AUGACCAAGCUAAUCGUCCUAAUUCUCACUUUGAGCAUCAUAACUCAAGCGGUUUUCAGUGAAAGCCGAGUUAAGAGAGACUGUUGCUGCAACAACGACAGUUACGAGGACUGCGGCAGGUCCUGCUCAUCACCAUGCAACAGCAGGCGCAGCAGUUGCAGCCGCAAAUCAUGCCACAGUAGUAGACCCUCGAGCGAGGAAUCUAGAGAAUCCAGAGAUCAAGUCGUACCCGUGCUAGUUCCAUAUCCCCAACAGCUCCCGAAUUCGCAAACAGUGCAACAACCAAGCGGUGGUACCAUUGUUAACAAUACUAACAUAAGCAACGGUACUGUUGAGCUGCAUCUCACCAACACGGUGAACACUAUAAAUAAUAUAUCUGUGCCCAUUCAAGUCAAUUCGACAAACGAGAAUUCUAUAACAUUAAUGUUAUCUCCUGAAAGCGAAGAGUCUGUGGAACGGAAAGAAAUAGAAAUCGUCGAUGAUAAUUGCUGUAAUGUGACUAGGACUCAUUGCGAUGAUUAUAACAAUUGCACGAAGAUCACAAAAUGGGAAUGCUCCGACGUGUGUACAGGACGAUACGUUCCUAUGCCACAACCAGUUCCUAUGCCACAACCAAUGCCUGUGCCUUAUCCAAUUCCCAUGCCACAACCAAUUCCCAUGCCACAACCAGUUCCUAUGCCACAACCAGUUCCUAUGCCACAACCAAUGCCUGUGCCUUAUCCAAUUCCCAUGCCACAACCUAUUCCCGUGCCCCAGCCAAUUCCUAUUCAACGACCUUAUCCUAUACCUCGACCUUUACCCAUGCCACUACCUACUCCUAUGCCUGUUCCUAUACCUGAGCCGCAUCCUUAUAUACCGAUAUAUUAUCAACCAUCACCUUGCGCCAGCGCUGUGCCAACAACCUUCGAACAAUCCCCGUGUUCCAUGCAAAGGCAGACCGUUAAUCCGAGGCCUGUCGUGGUGCAAGCACCGACUGGCAUGAAACCAACGCCAUGCCAACAAAUGCAAAGUGUCGGACAAGUUUCGCCGUGUCAACGAAACCGAAUGGCACAAACUACUCGAUAUACAUGUCAAACCAACAGAGUAACGUUCCCUCAGGUCGCUUCAGGCAACACCUACUAUUGGAAGAAUUGCUCCACGACCGACGGACGGCAAUUUUAUCUUCCCGCUUAUCUCCCGCAAGGUCAAUCGAACCAGGCUCAAGUGCAAUACGCUCAACCCGACCAAGCUCAACUGCUUCAGUAUCCGGUAAACAAGCAACUGUAUUACAUGCCUCAACCGCAGGUGCAAGGAAACGACGCGGUACAAACUCUCCCGUCCGGUCAAAGAUACUAUUACCCGCAAGUUAACCAAUACGACGAGAAUGAAAUUGUACCGUCCUAUAACCAGCCUAAUUACUACAACCCGGAAUCGGACAAAACCGGGUCGAACGUUGGAUUCCUUUACUAUCCCGGUCAAGUCGAACAAACGACCUCUAGUAGUCAUUCUGACGGCAUUCGCUAUCGGAGAUCGGGGAGAUUAGGGAGAUCUUCAUCGCGUGAUGAUAAAGAAACGAGCUUAGCAGAAGCGUAG